GCCGCCUCCGACGUCCCCAACUGCGCGCUGAGCUGAGCGCCUCCGCUUCUUCUUUCUCCCUGCUCGGGGCGGGCGAGAGGCUCGGGCGAGCGCACCAUGAAGUCCGUUCUGCUGAGCCGCUUUUUCAUCCUCCUGCCCUGGAUCCUAAUCGUCAUCCUCAUGCUCGACGUGGACACGCGCCGGCCCGCUCCCCCACUCACCCCGCCGCCCCACGCCGCCGGCCGCGCGGGGACCCGGAGCCCGCUGGGCCUGGGAGGUCCCGCGCGCGCUGGGGAGAAGCGCCACGAGUCGCGCCCCCGGGCGCCCCGGGAGCAGCUGCUACCCACGAUCUAUGCUAUCACGCCCACUUACAGCCGCCCGGUGCAGAAAGCCGAGCUGACGCGGCUGGCCAACACGUUCCGCCAGGUGGCGCGGCUGCACUGGAUCCUGGUGGAGGACGCGGCGGCGCGGAGCGAGCUGGUGAGCCGCUUCCUGGCGCGGGCCGGGCUGCCCUGCACGCACCUGCACGUGCCCACGCCGCGCCGCUACAAGAGGCCGGGGCUGCCGCGGGCCACCGAGCAGCGCAAUGCCGGCCUGGCCUGGCUGCGCCAGCGACACCAGCACCCACGCCAGCACGCGCAGCCCGGCGUGCUCUUCUUCGCCGACGACGACAACACCUACAGCCUGGAGCUCUUUCAGGAGAUGCGAACUACCCGCAAGGUGUCUGUCUGGCCAGUGGGCCUAGUUGGUGGACGCCGCUAUGAACGCCCAUUGGUGGAAAAUGGCAAAGUUGUUGGCUGGUACACAGGCUGGAGAGCAGACCGGCCUUUUGCCAUUGACAUGGCAGGAUUUGCUGUAAGUCUUCAAGUCAUCUUAUCCAAUCCAAAAGCUGUAUUUAAGCGCCGUGGAUCUCAGCCAGGAAUGCAAGAAUCUGACUUUCUAAAACAAAUAACAACAGUUGAAGAACUGGAACCGAAAGCAAGUAACUGCACCAAGGUUCUUGUGUGGCACACUCGGACAGAGAAGGUUAAUCUAGCCAAUGAGCCAAAGUAUCAUCUGGACACAGUGAAAAUUGAGGUAUAAACUGAAGCAGCAACUGGUGCUAUCUGCCUGGCCAAUAGACAAAUAAGAAGCUGUUUGGAAGUCAGGUUGCAGAGCAUUCAGGUACUAUUUGGUUUAGUUUUACGUUUACAACAGGCUUUAAUGCCAAUUGAUGGACAUCUGUUUAACAGAGCUUAUUAACAUAAACUGUUGUUUUUGUCUUCAGUUGUUCUGCAUGUUUUUCUGACAAAUAAAUCAGAAGAUCUUUGCACAGUAUACCUAAACAACAGUGUAGGUAUCAUACUGAAUAUCUUAAAUGCUCCCUCAUCAAAUCCCAUUUUGGUCUCAUAAUAACAGAUAGAAAUGAGUAGCCCUAUAAACAGAUAACAAGG